UUGGCAUUUGGAUACCUAACUCUGGAAAUCGGGUUCAAGCCAUUCCUUCUCAGAGCCCAACAACAACAACAACAACAGCAGGAAGUUCUUCAGAAUCAGGAAGAAACCCUAAAUCGGGAUUCCUGAUUGCAGUAAUAGUCAGGUGCAGGGGCAAGAAAGUUCAGUAGCUAAUGAUGAAGAAAAUUGCAUGGAAGUUUGGGAUCGUAGGUGACGGGUGGCUGUAGUUCAAGUUCUAUGCUAUGUUGUUUAUGCCAUAUAUAUAAUGGCAACCACAACUCACUCAAGCCCCUAUAAACAGAACAAGAAGAAGCCUCACCAAAACCCAGGGUCCCAAUUCCACUUCAAUCUCAAUUCAUGCUCCAAAUCCAAAGACCUUUGUGGCGCUAUCGCCCUGUACGAAACUGCAGUUUUACAAAACAUUCGUAUCAGUCAUCACCACUUGAACACUCUCCUCUACCUCUGCUCACAAGCUAUUACCGACCCACCAACCAAAGAGCUCACAAUAGAACAUGGAUUUCGUAUUUUCAGUCACAUGGAAUCAAUUGGUAUUAAGCCCAAUGAGGCAUCCAUCACAGCCGUCUCUAGGCUUGCUGCUGCAAAAGGAGAUGGUGAUUAUGCUUUUGCUUUGGUUAAAAGGAUGGGGGAGUAUGGAAUCACACCCCGGCUGCGCACGUGUGAUCCAGUGUUGUUCUCUUUUACUGGGAGUUUGCAGGCGGACAAGGCCUACGAGGUGGAGGAGCAUAUGGGUAGAGUAGGAGUGAGUACAGAGGAGCCAGAAAUUGCUGCACUGUUGAAGGUCAGUGCAGAGACGGGAAGAGGAGAAAGGGUUUAUGGGUACUUGCAGAAAUUGAGGAAAACUGUGAGAUGUGUGACUGAGGAUACCACAAAUAUUAUUGAGAAUUGGUUUAAUUGUGAAAAGGCGAGUGAGGUUGAGUCCAUUCAUUAUGAUGUGGGUUUGGUGAAGGAUGCGGUUUCAAGAAAUGGGGGAGGAUGGCAUGGACUUGGGUGGUUAGGAAGAGGAAAGUGGCUUGUUAGGAGAGGGGAUGUGGAUUCCAGUGGCCGGUGUUGCUCCUGUGGUGAUCAGUUGGUUUGUGCUGAUAUUGAAGACACAGAGACACAGAAAUUUGCCCAAUCAGUGGCUGGAUUGGCUAUGGAAAGGGAAGUGAAGGCUAAUUUCAAUGAAUUUCAGGAUUGGCUGGAAAAACAUGCUGAUUAUGAAGCCAUAGUGGAUGGAGCAAAUGUUGGGCUCUACCAACAAAAUUUUGCUGACGGUGGGUUCAGUGUUUCUCAGCUUGAUGCUGUUGUGAAAGAUUUAUAUAAUAGGAACGAAAAGAGAUGGCCGCUUGUUAUCCUGCAUAGUAAACGUCUUCGGGCACUUCUUGAAAAUCCUACCCACAGCAAGCUGGUUGAGGAGUGGAUGGGAAAUGGUGUUCUUUAUGCUACACCACCAGGUUCUAAUGACGAUUGGUAUUGGCUGUAUGCUGCUGUUAAACUUGGGUGUUUACUUGUGACUAACGAUGAAAUGUGGGACCACAUUUUUGAAAUUGUGGGUAGCAGCUUCAUCCUCAGGUGGAAAGAAAGGCAUCAAGUUCGAUAUACUUUUCAUAAAGGUAACUUGAGACUUCAGAUGCCACCCCCAUAUUCCUUAGUCAUCCAGGAAUUAGGAAAUGGAUCAUGGCAUGUGCCUAUAGCAGGCACCAGUUCUGAGGAGUCUGUGAAGCCUUGUCUCUGCAUUACCAAGCCCGGCGCUUCUGAUGCUCUCUGUCUCAAUGAAGCUCAAGUGGAAAAUGAAAUUCAGGGAAGUGGACAUGCUUCUUUUGAGAAGGAAUUGUUGAAAUCGUGUGAUCCAGCCACUGUUACAAGUCACAAUAGCAAAAAUGAAAGCAAAGAUUUCUCUCAUAGGUAUAUUGCCGAAUGUGCAGCUACCACUGGAAAAAGGAAAGAUAGGUCUCCAUCUCCUUCCCAAGAUCAUAUUUUGUUAAACUAAUUAAUGCUUUUUUUUCAGGACAACCUUUAUCCCUUGAUUGCUUGUUAUGGAAGCACAUGUAGGGUUGAUAUGAUCUCCACCUUGUGAGAUGGUUUCUAUACGCUAUCUUCAGCAACAUGUUGUGAAGAAUUUAGCCUCAUGACAUUAUGCAAGAGCAUCAGAAACCUGUUGGGACCGAGGACUUUCAGAUUUAAGAUAUGUAGCCCUCUGUUCUUAUUGUUUCAGAAAAAGUUGUUUAUGCCAUAUCCUUGCAUCAUAUAUAUUACCAGAGACAAGACAGUGAUGAUGAGUCUACAUCAUCUAGUGGCAAAAAACAGAAGCGUAAUGGUUGUGAUAGAGAAUUUGAGAAAAUAAGUGAAGCAAUUAGCAGUAUUGCACAUGCUAUAAGGGAGGGAAACACUACUAUUUCCAGAUCUCUGGCAUUUGUGUAUUCGGAGAAAGAAGUUUUGAAGAAUUAGUAAGGCUUGAUAAUUGAGCAGCUCCUACGCUACUUGGCCUAAACUUUUCUCAUUGAAGAUGCUGCAAGAGCGUGAGCAUUUUUCCAUUGCCCAGCAGAUGCACGUGAGGAGGUUUUGCUACAGAUGAUGUAAUAUCCCCACGAUCCAUGAUUAAUUUAUGGUUGACCAGAUUUGGCUUAACUAUAAUUGUGUUACCAUAUCUUUUAUUUAGUGCUUACUUCAACAA